AUGAGUAGUGUAGUGGUCCCGACCACUUUCCAAAUCAUAGAAUCAACUGAACAGACCUUCUUGUUGGGUAUGGAUUGGUUUCGUCAAACUGGAGAAAUCCUACCAGCUCCUCUCGCAAUAAAAGUCGAGCCUAAGAAGUUGCAAAAAACAGAUAAUGAAAACCCAUUCGACAAUUUCAAAUUUGACGAUGAAGAUUUAGAUAAAGCAGAAGGGUUCUUGACCAACCAAUGUAGCGAUUUGAAGUUGUACAACAAUCUGUGGCUUGACCAUGAAAGUCCUGCUGUGUAUUUGUCUGGCAUCGAAAGCAUCUCUGUAGAGGAAACUGAGGAAGAAAAAAAAACGCAAUAG